CCUGUUCCCCGAGGAGCGUGGAGGUCAUUUUUCUCACUAUAUAUCAGUAUCGUCUCCAAGACAAUAAUUUUCAAAGUAACCACUGAAAUCAAGCCCAAGAUGCCCGGCAAUCGUGGCCGUCCCAAGGGGAGCAAACUUGUGAUGCCGGCAUCGAUGUGGAGUCUAGACGAGAAAAAGCGAGAAGACAGCUUGGCAGAUGAAAAGCGACAGAAGCAGAGCGCCGACGCAGAGUACGUGCACAACAUGAAGAAUGAUAAAGAGUAUCUCUCCCAAAGGUUGGACAAGAUGAAGUUUAUGAACACGACGCCAGCGAGGUCGCAUGCUCUACGCACCAUCUCUGGGUGUACCACUCAACAGACACUGGAUCGCAAGCUGAAACAAGAUACGACGACGCAGACAAGCUACAGCCUUAAAAAGGACAGGGGCAGUACAGACCUUCUUUUGUUCUUUUUCCUUCUUCAUUUCUGUACGUGAUGCCUGUCUUCCUCGUAAAGUUGUUGAUAUGGAUAGCUGUUCUUCCACCACUGAUUCUGAAUAAGGACCAUGAAAGUAACAAAGUCUAAAAGAUAAACUGAGGGCUCUUGCUUUAAGUCCUGGACGACGGGCCUCUCUUGAAAUAUUUACUCUCUUUCAAAUCAACAACCACUCGCAGCAUGGUUCACCAAAGUCAAUGGUGCUGGAUCUUGGCAAUUGCGAGUCACCAGCUUGUUCACACAUUUUCACAAGCUCUCUGCGGACGAGGUUGACAAUCUAGUGGUAUGGAAAUGCUUCGAUGCUUUGUCUUCCUUUUCUUCGUGAUUCUUCCUGACCGUUUUUAUUUAUUCCAAGAGACGACUUCUUUAUCCUCAGCUUCAGACUAAGCUCCUUCACGCUAAGCAACUUCAAGCUCCAGCUCAUAGCGACGUCUCAUCCUCCUCCUUUUCUGGCCUUCACAUCCAAGGCUCCACUUCAAACCAAACCAUCUCACAGUGCAACUUCACGAAUAAGGAUAACACUCCGAAGGGGAACUUCAUUUCGCACCCGAACUUAAUCAAGGGUGUGCGUGAUGUGAUUCAAGCCAGGAACAGUCAAACAGUCAACGACCUGAUUGCAAGCGCGCGUAUGAAUGGGACAGCGGAUCGAUCGGGCGAAAUUAUUGCGGCGCAGUGCAUGCUCCUUCGUUUCGGUCUAUGUCGAGGGCUUAACAAUUGCCAGACGAUUCAGGAAAUUUUCGAAUUGUAUUUGAUUUCAAUUGUAAGCUGUGUCUCAUCUCUUUUCCAUUUCUUUUUUAUUUGUUUGUAGAAGCCAAAAAAGUCUGCUCGUUCUUGAGUCAGUUACGCCUGUAAUAGUAAUACAUAAUGGAUAGUCGUCCUUUCUGCGAAUCUACUGCUACAUCGAAGUGCGCCACUGUGGCUCUAACUUAGUCUCCCUCUCCUUUUCUCUGACAGCGAUCGCGCAUUGGCUGCAAAGUACAAGAGGCUGACGAAGCAGCCGGC